AUGGCCGCCUGCCAGGGGAGCAGCGCAGACGAAAAUGACCGAAUGCCCAUAGCUGUUGUGGGAAUGUCUUGCCGUCUCUCAGGCAUUGCCACCAGCCCGGAAGGCCUGUGGCAGAUGCUAUCAAGGGGGCUGACAGGCUGGUCACGCAAUGGUGGCAGCCGCUUUGAGAUGGACGCUUUCUGGCACCCGCGGGCUGAAGCUAAUGGCUCGUUCAAUACUCGUGGGUUCCAUCUGAUCAAAGAAGAUCCCGCAUUAUUCGACACUCUGUUCUUUGGUAUCAGCAAUGUGGAGGCAAAAGCGAUCGAUCCCCAGCAAAGAAUGCUGCUUGAAGUUGCAUACGAGGCGUUCGAGAACGCGGGUAUAGCUCUGGAGAGGCUAGAUGGCUCAGAUACAGGUGUAUAUUGCGGAAUCUCGAAUCACGACUACGAGAAGAUCUUGGGCAGGGAUCCCGAGUUAUCCCCAGGCUACCGGUUUACCGGCACCGGAAAUGCACUCGUUUCUAAUCGCAUUUCGUAUAUUUUCAAUUUACAUGGGCCAAGCAUCACUCUCGACACCGCAUGCUCCAGUGGACUCGUCGGGAUCAAUGAAGCUUGCAAAGCCAUUCAGGUUGGAGAGAUAACGCAGGCAUUAGUUGGUUGCACCAACUUGAUUCUAGAUCCAGACCAGGUCACAGUAAUGUCUUCUAUGCAAUUUCUUUCGCCUCACGGUCGCUGCUAUGCUUUCGACUCUCGUGCCAAUGGUUUCGGAAGAGGUGAAGGCGUGGCUGCCGUUAUGCUGAAGAGAUUAGACGUAGCCCUGGCCGACGGCGAUCCGAUACGAGCCGUCAUUCGUGGCAGCAACGUGUGCUCGGACGGUCGGACUCCUGGAGUGACGGCGCCAUCUUGUGCUAUUCAGGCGAGGAUGAUACAGAGGACUUACGAACUGGCAGGCAUAAGCCCAAAUGACACAAUUUACGUAGAAGCGCAUGGAACCGGAACCACGGUGGGAGACAAGGCCGAAGCCACCGCUUUACAUCAUUCCCUCUGCAAGGGAAGGCAGACGGGAAAUAAGUUGUUCAUUGGGAGCGUCAAAACAAACGUGGGCCAUACCGAGAGCGUGGCCGGAUUGGUCAGCCUGAUAAAGGCCGUUUUGAUGCUCGAAAAGAAGAUGAUACCUCCAAAUGCCAUGUUCGCAAAACCGAGCAGCAAUAUUCCGCUGGAAGACUGGGGCAUGGAAGUGCCCCGAAGGAUGCUCAGGUGGCCGAAAGAUGCCAUUCGCCGCGCGUCGGUAAACAGCUUUGGAUAUGGAGGCACAAACGCUCACGUCAUCCUAGAGGCGGCCGAUGAUUAUCUCGACAAUGUGAAACAUACACGCUCACUGGAUCUUCGAGCUAAAACGUGUGAACCCUUGACCUUGGGACCUUCAUCAAGGGCGAACCUUGCGAAAACACGUCUUUUCCCGUUCUCGCACCAUCACGAUGUGGGGGUCGCGGCACAGGCAGCUAACAUCAAACGCUUCAUUCUGGACACCCUGGAUGAUACUAGCGAAGCUCUGGACAGUCUCGCCUACACACUUUCGGAUAGACGAUCUUCCCUCAAGGUCCGUUUUUGUGUCGCCGCUUCCACUCGUGACGAGCUUGUAGAUGGGCUUGCGAAUAUAGCCACAGGCUCAGACCGGGCGACGAGACACGCUGAAGACCUGAAAUUAUGCUUUGUCUUCACAGGUCAGGGUGCUCAAUGGGCAGGAAUGGGUCUCGAGUUGCUGGUCACGUACCCCGUGUUUGCGGAGUCAAUGAAGCGAUCAGAGGAUUACCUUGUCAGCCUUGGGACUGGCUGGUGUCUUGUUACCGAGCUGGAAAAGCCCAGCGAGACUUCUCGCAUCCACGAAGCGAGCUUGUCUCAGCCUUGCUGCACAGCCAUCCAGAUUGCACUCAUUGAUCUGCUCAAGUCUUGGGGCAUUCGGCCUGCCAUAGUGUGCGGGCACUCGAGCGGGGAAAUCGCCGCGGCAUACGCAGCGGGUAUCCUUUCAGCCAAACACUGUUUGAAGAUUGCAUAUUUUCGCGGACACUCGAUGAAGGUGUUGAAGGAGCAGAAUCCAAACCUUUGCGGGGGUAUGCUCGCCGUUGGACUCUCGGCACGCGAAGCCGAAGAAUACAUUGGUGAGGAAACCACUUCCGGCAAGGUCGUGAUAGCAUGCGUCAACAGUCCUUCAAGUGUCACUCUGUCGGGAGACGAGGCGGCGUUGAGCAAAGUUCAGGAUAGACUUGCUCUAGGAGAAGUCUUUCACCGCAAACUGGUUGUAGACGUGGCUUAUCACUCACACCAUAUGGAAAUGAUACUGGAGGAAUACCUCCGCGCCAUACAAGACAUCAAGGCCUCUCCACGUGAGCAGCAUAUCCAAAUGGUCUCCUCUGUCACAGGGGAGGCUGUUGAAGGCGAAGAGUUGAAUGCGGCGUACUGGGGCGCAAAUCUGACGUCUCCUGUCCUAUUUAACGAUGCCCUUGCACACGUCCUUCGCACAAUGCGAACGGAUCAAAAGCAAAGCAGUUCACUCGCAGUUGUCGAGAUUGGCCCUCAUUCUGCGCUUGCAGGUCCAAUCAAGCAGAUUAUUAAAGCUUCGAAGCCCUCGGGAUCAACCACUUGUCACUCGAUGCUCUGUCGAAAUCAAGAUGCGAGUAGGACCGCGGUAGGUCUAGCUCGAGAACUUUUUGUCAAGGGAGCUUCCAUCAAUAUCAGAUCAGUAAACGAUCCGCAUGGCAAUGCGAAAAAGGACGUCUUGACCAACCUCCCAACAUACAAUUGGCACCACAAAACAGCUCACUGGAGCGAGUCCCGCCGCAGUGACCAAUAUCGACAUAGAAAAUUCCCUAAGCAUGAUCUCUUUGGAGUACCCAGCAUGGACAGCAUACCGACUGAGCCCACCUGGCGUAAUUAUCUCCGUCUUGAAGAAUUGCCUUGGCUCAGGGGUCACUGCAUUGGAGGUCAAGUCGUGUUCCCAGGUGCUGGAUUUGUUGCCAUGGUCUUGGAAGCUUUGAAACAACAUGUCCUUAGUGAAAAUAAUGCCUGGAAGAACAUGCGCAUCAAAUUUCGGCAAGUCAAUUUCGGUCGAGCCCUGCUGGUUCCCGAUGAUUCUGUCGGCGUGGAGACAUUGGUCACUAUACGACCUUACACGUAUACAGCACGAGAAUCAUCGGCUUCGUGGAAAGAGUUCCGAGUUUUCUCGGUGUCUGCCACCGGAGAAUCAACGGAGCAUAGCCGGGGUCUGGUAACUGCUAUCAAGCAUUUGCCCAAUGAACAGCAGCUGGGUAUGACGGAUCCUGAAUGUCUGGAGUUCGUUGAGGAAGCUGUUAAGAACAGCCGCGUCGUGCUCAACACAAAACAGCUGUAUAAAGAGCUUAGAGGCAUCGGCAUGGAGUACACCGGUCCGUUCGAAGGCCAAGAAGAUAUUCGAGCAUCCGAGUCUUCAUCGAUUCGUCGAAUCAAGAUCCCGGACGUUCAGGCCAUUAUGCCUUCAAGUCACCAUCAACCUCAUUGUGUCCACCCAGCAACAUUGGACCUCUGCUUCCAAGCUGUCUUCGCAGCCAUGAAAGUAGGAGACAAUCUUCGGGGAACCUUCGUCCUUAGUGGAAUCGAUAAUCUUGAAAUCUCGAGUGAGAUUCCGUCCCAAGCCGGGAAGGGCAUGUCAGUCGCGACAUGUCUGAGGGAUAAUGGCAUCUUCAAGUACGCAGCGGAUCUGAUCGUCUCAGCUUCUGAGAGCGCGACAGCGGAGGUCUUCAUGAAGAUGCAGGGGGUCAGCUUCGCCAGGACAAGUGGGCCGUCUCAGCAGAAUGCCUUGCAGAAUCCGGUUGCAGAAUCACUGUUCCAUCGAUUGGAGUGGUCCCUUGAUCUGACUUGCACCGAACCUCAGAAAAUUAUCAAGCGUUGCGUUCCGGACUCACCAAAUGCGUUGAAAGCAGGAAGAUUGGCCCUAUACGACCAAUUUGCCAGAGCUGUGAUUGAACGGACACUGGAAGAGGUCUCUCCUGACGAAGCAAACAUCACGGGCCCGCCUUCUCAUCUGCUUGAAUGGAUGAAGUUGAUGAGUGCUGCAAGCCACAAGCCACUUCAGAUCGACGAUGUGCUUAAAGACAAGGUCAAGUCUUCAGGAAUCUAUGGCGAGGUUUUGGUUGAUAUAGCCCCUCACCUGCCGGGUGUUCUUCGCGGAGAAGUUGAUCCUCUGGCCCUUCUUCUUGAAAAAGACCGUCUGCACCGACUUUACAAAUACGAAAACACCGACAGGUGUCACGAGCAGAUGGCCAAAUACGUUAAACUUCUGCAAUUCAACAAUCCGAAUCUCCGGAUCCUUGAGAUUGGGGCUGGAACGGCAGCUACGUCGAUAGCAAUUUUGGAAACCCUUUACGGUGAUAAGGCCGCUUUAGGAAAGGUCAGGUCGGAGUCUUACACCUUUACUGACAUAUCGACGGGGUUCUUCCAGAGCGCAGCAAAGAAACUGGAAAAGUUUCGAGAGUCUUUAGUGUUCAAGAAGCUUGACAUCGAAGUAUCACCCGAACAGCAGGGGUUCAAACCUGGUUCGUACGACUUGAUCAUUGCCUCGAAUGUCUUACACGCGACUUCUAAGCUCGAUAACACGCUGAAAAACGUGAAGAGCCUACUCAGGCCAAAUGGUCAGCUUGCUCUUCUAGAGAUUACCGCUCCCAAAGCCCACCUCGGAAUCAUAUGGGGCAUGCUCCCUGGAUGGUGGUAUGGAGUCAAUGACGGUCGGGUAAACUCACCCCUUCUCGAUCCAUCUGGCUGGAGUGAUAGGCUCAGCCGCUGUGGCUUCUCCGGAAUCAACCUCGAGAUGCCCGACUACGACUCUGCCGAGGAUCACCAUCUAAGUGUGAUGAUUUCUUCAGCAACCGGCCACGUGGAGCCGUUUUGUCUGGCUGCACAAACCAUGACGAGAAGCACGUCGAGUACUUCGGAACUUUCUGCUUCAGAGUCCGGUUCUGCCGAACUCGGGUCAGCCUCAACAAGCCUGACGGACCUGGAAGGAGACCUUCCGCAGACCAUAUUGGUGAUUAGUGGCAGCGAUGCGCACAGCAUUGAAGAUCACGUAGUCGACCUAAUGACCUCUGUCAAGUUUAGUGUCAACGUGAAGAGGGCCACGUUGGCUGACGCGGAAGUUUUUGAUGGUCAGCUGGCCAUAGUACUGCUAGAGGCCGUAAACCCAUUCCUGGCGACAUGCUCCGAGAGUGAGUGGGAAAAGGUUCGCCACAUACUGUGCAACGCUGGCGGCGUCUUAUGGGUUAGCUGUGGGGGUGCGGUUGAGGCCACAAAUCCUCUGCACUCGCUCAUCGUUGGCUUGACGCGCUGCUUACGAUCGGAAAACCAGACCAGCAGCAUCGUCACGCUGGAUCUUGAGCCAAAUCACGGAUCAGGGAUCGAUCUUGCUGAGCAAGUUGUCCGAGUGUUUGACCAUGCAUUCGGUCUAUAUGCACCGCGAACCUCUGCCCUGCUGGAAUUUGAAUACGCAAUCCGAAAUGGCGAGAUCCUGAUUCCUCGCCUGAUCGGCGACAAUCAAAUGGGUGAAUACGUGAUGGACAGCGUGUCGACCUACCACCCUCGGAACGAAAGGGCGAUCAAACCAGGCCGUGCUCUAGGUCUCAAGAUUUACCAACCUGGACUUCUCGACACAUUCUACUGGGCCGACUCGCAGCGGCAUUCGAAACAGGUUGGAGCAGAAGAGGUCCGGGUAGAGCUCCAAUACGUCUCGCUCAACUUCAAGGACAUCAUGAUAGCCAUGGGCGAGCUCGAGGGUCACACGGCCUUGCUACUGGAAGGCAGCGGAAAGGUUGUCGAGGUUGGUGAGCAACUCCGCCAUCAGUACGCUGUUGGCGAUUCAGUCUAUGUCUCUGAUACAGACGGCCUCGCAACCACCAGUGUCAUAGACAAGUGGAAUAUCCACCAAUUACCCGAGAAGCUAUCGAUGGAAGUCGCCACAGCCGUUCCUAUGGCGUACGCAACAGCUUUGUAUUCGCUAAGGACUGCUGCAAAUCUCCAAGAGGGCGAGUCCAUCUUGAUUCAUUGCGGAGCAGGAGCGGUUGGUCAAGCUGCCAUUUCCCUGGCGCAGUAUCUUCAAGCUGGCGCAAUAUACGUCACAGUAGGCAGCGACGAGAAAAGAGCACUCGUGAGGGAUAGUUUCCAUAUUCCAGAUGAGAACAUCUUCUCCAGCCGCAGCCUCGAUUUCAGCCAUCAAAUUCUUCGCAAGACUAACGGACACGGUGUCGAUGUUGUUCUUAACUCGCUGAGCGGUGAAGCUUUGCAAAAAAGUUGUUCUCUCCUUAGACCAUUUGGACGGUUUGUUGAGAUUGGUAAGAAGGAUUUGAUCUCCAAUGCGAGACUCGAGAUGGGCUAUUUGGAGAAGAACAUUACUUUCACCGCCGUUGACCUGGCGCUACUUGCCAAGGCAAAACCGGCCGUUCAUCAAAAGCUCUUCCACACGGUAUUCAACCUUAUCAGCCAAGACAAGAUCAAGGUUUUGAGUCCUAUAUCGGUCAAUCCUGUCUCAGAGUUGGAGGGCUCUUUUAGGCUGAUGCAGGCUGGAAAACACGUCGGGAAACUGCUGCUUCAGUUAGACCGUGAGAUGACUAUCCCUGUCCAACCCCAACAGCCACCAGCUCCUAAGUUGCGAGGAGACUGCUCCUAUCUGAUGGUGGGGGGAGCUGGCGGCUUAGGUAGGGCUGCUAUCAAACAUUUUGCGAGUCUCGGAGCAAAGCACAUUAUCGCCCUGUCUCGAUCUGGCCCUGGUAGUCAGGCCAUGAGAGAACUGGUGGAAGAGAUGCGGAUGGUCGGAGUGAGCGUUAUCGUUUGGAAGGGCAGUGUUACGGACACUGCCACUAUUCAGUCGAUCAAAGACCAUGCGAGGGAAUUCCCCAUCAGAGGUGUCGUCCAAGGAGCAAUGGUACUCCAGGAUUGUCGCGUGGACAUUAUGAGCCACGAGCAGUGGCGGGCAGCAAUGGAGCCGAAGGUUAUAGGAACAAUGUGUUUGCAUGAAGCAUUCGGAGACACUCUAGACUUCUUCAUCAUCCUUUCGAGUGCUGCUGGAAUUGCCGGCUCCUAUGGUCAAGGCAACUACAGUGCCGGAAACACCUUCCAAGAUUCUCUCGCUCGCCAUCGAGCAUCGCUUGGCUUGCCUGCGCGGUCCAUCGAUGUUGGCGCUGUGGAGGGAGAAGGUUACGCGGCAGAGAACCCAGCUGCCGCGGAAUUUGCCGUUCGCCAAGGCGUGCGUAAGUACCAUGUUAAGGAGUUUCUUGCCACCAUUAAUGAGGCGAUACGGAAUCCCUUUGCAUUCGACCACUCGGCGGCGCAGCUGCUCUGCGGCAUAACUAGAGUCGAUCCAAGUUCCCAAGCUCAGGAAGCAUCCCUACAGCGUCCAGACCUCAAAUUCUCGCACCUAUGGAUGAUGCCGAACCAAGAAGUAACUGCAAAGGUUGAAUCGAAGCAGCUGGAUAUCCAGGCAAUGCUAAGAUCGGCAACGACUGCGGUUGAUGUUGAGGAAGCAACGCAAAUGGCGUUGCUAAUGAAGCUCUCUUCGCUGCUUGCUUUGCCCGCCGACGAGAUCAGCACAGAUCGGUCGAUGGCGAGCUACGGAAUGGACUCCCUCGUCGCGGUGGAACUUCGCAACUGGAUCUUGACACAACUAGAGUCGCACAUCCAGAUGUUUGAGUUGAUGAGUUCGACAACGUUCGCCGACCUGUCGAACACAAUUGCUAGAAGGUCUCGACUGGCGGCGACCGGUCUUUUUAGUAACGACAAAUAG